AGCAUUUAAACCUUAUUCUUGAGAGGUAAACAUACAAAUUUGUUUACCGAAACAUGGGCAAGAAAGUGUACAAUGCGAAGGCGCGGCAAAAUCCGCAAACUAUUGUGGACAAUUCAGCCAUAAAAAAUAUCCAGAUUGAAGUGGACGUUGUGGCUGGCGGGAGUGGAAUUGGUGGGGGCUAUGAUGAAGCCAACGCCUUGGUUUUACCUUCACAAAAGCGAGCGACCAAAAUCAAGGUUGAGAAAAGGCAGAAUGUAAAGAUCUUGACGAAAAAGCAACGUAAACAUCUUCAGGGUAUUGUUGAUAAGAAAAAGAAGAAAGAGGGUCGUGCCAAACUAUUGGAUGACUUGGCUGCCGUGCAAAUUCCCGAAGCGGAGCUCCAACAAUACACAUCAAUCAGCACAGUGCAAACAGUUGGUCUGAAGCGACUACAAACGUUGGAUGAAUACUUGUCCAGGAAAAAGGAGAAGCAGUUGCAAGUGCAGCAGCUGUCGACCAGUGGCAGACGUGUGAAUGCCAUCAAAGGUGCAGCCAAGCGGAAGCUGCUUACGGAAGAGCAAGACGAAUUUGACUCUAAGCGUAAAAAUCCGAAUGUUGUUGGCAUAGAUGACGAUGAGGACGAUGAUGAUGAUGAUGACGACACGAGUGAGAGUAGCGAUGCUGAAAGCGGAAGCAAUAAAGCAGAAACAGAAGCGAAAGCAGACGUUGUUGCACAUACCUCGACAGAUGCUGGAAAGGAAACAAUCGCCCCACAGCCACCCCAAGUGAAAAAAUUGAAGCCGAAGACAGCGGCUAAGCAAGGGAUUCUGGCACCUGCCCAUAAAACAAUCUAUGUGCCCGUACAUCGUACCGACGAGGUGCAAGCAGCACGCCACAAACUUCCCAUUCUCGCCGAGGAGCAACAAGUAAUGGAGGCCAUAAACGAGAAUCCUAUUGUGAUUGUGGCUGGAGAGACGGGCUCAGGCAAGACAACACAAAUCCCCCAAUUUCUCUAUGAAGCUGGCUAUGCGAGCAACAAGAUGAUUGGCAUAACAGAGCCACGACGAGUGGCCGCUAUUGCCAUGUCAAAACGUGUGGCAUACGAAAUGAAUCUCUCCGCCAAUGAGGUGUCUUAUCUCAUUCGCUUCGAGGGGAAUGUGACGCCAGCGACACGCAUCAAAUUCAUGACUGAUGGUGUCCUGCUCAAGGAGAUCGAGAGUGACUUUAUGCUGAACAAAUAUUCGGUCAUCAUACUGGAUGAGGCGCAUGAGCGUAGUGUCUACACAGACAUAUUGGUCGGCCUCUUGUCCCGAAUAGUUCCGUUGCGUCACAAGCGCGGCAGUCCGCUAAAGUUGAUUGUCAUGUCUGCCACCUUGCGUGUCAGUGACUUCACCGAGAAUGCACGUCUCUUCAAGGUGCCGCCACCUGUGCUGAAGGUUGAGGCUCGACAAUUUCCCGUGACCAUACAUUUCCAAAAGCACACGCCUGACGAUUACCUGGCCGAGGCGUAUCGCAAGACUGCCAAGAUUCAUUCACAACUGCCCGAAGGUGGCAUUCUAAUAUUUGUCACCGGUCAGUUAGAAGUGAACCAGUUGGUGCGUAAGCUGCGACGCUCGUUCCCCUAUAAUGCGGAGACUGCAAAACAAACGGCAAAAACGCCACUGGCUAAGGAAGUCCCCGAAACAUCAACCGCCAGCAAUGCGGACAAUACGGAGGAUGCUUUGGAACAGGAGUUCGACAUGAAGCGUGUGAUAAGAAACAUUCGAAAGACGAAGAAGAAGUUCCUUUCUCAAAUCUCCCUGCCCAAAAUAAAUCUGGACGAUUAUAAGUUGCCAGGUGAUGACACGGAAGCAGACAUGUAUGAGCAAGCGCUUGGGUCAGAGCGCGACUCGCAGGCUGGAUCAGAUCUAGACGAUGCGAGCGAUGCGGAUGACGCCGAUGGUCUGGGCUCUGCUCUCGAUGAAGCAGUUUCUAGCGCAUCGAGGCAACCUAUGUGGGUGCUUCCACUCUACUCGCUGCUCUCGUCAGAGAAGCAAAAUCGCAUCUUCCAGCCAGUACCAGAGGGCUGUCGACUGUGUGUGGUCAGCACGAAUGUGGCCGAAACGUCGCUUACAAUACCGCACAUCAAAUAUGUCGUUGACAGUGGUCGUCAAAAGACACGUCUCUAUGACAAGAUCACAGGUGUGAGCGCUUUUGUAGUUACCUACACGUCCAAGGCAUCGGCCGAUCAGCGAGCAGGUCGUGCCGGUCGCGUCAGUGCCGGCCAUUGCUAUCGUCUCUACUCCAGUGCCGUGUACAAUGAUCUCUUCGAGGACUUUGCGAUGCCCGAUAUACAGCAGAAGCCAGUGGAUGAUCUAAUGUUGCAAAUGCGUUGCAUGGGUAUUGAUAGGGUUGUGCAUUUUCCUUUCCCAUCACCACCGGAUCAAGUACAGCUGCAGGCUGCCGAACAUCGUCUUACAGUGCUAGGCGCCCUGGAGGCGAGGAGCGCAACUGAAGAAGCACAAAGCAGCAGUAGUGGCGACGGCAAAGAUUUGCCUCCAGCAAUCACACAACUUGGUCGCGUAAUCUCGCGAUUUCCCGUUGCUCCACGCUUUGGCAAAAUGCUGGCACUGUCGCAUCAGCAGCAACUCCUGCCCUACACCAUCUGUCUGGUGGCCGCGCUUUCGGUGCAGGAGGUGCUGAUUGAGAUUGGUGUGCAGCGCGACGAGGAUGUGGCCCCUACAGCCAACAAGUUUCACGAGAAACGCCGGAGCUGGGCGGCCAGUGGAAACUAUCAACUAUUAGGUGAUCCCAUGGUGCUGCUCCGAGCGGUGGGCGCUGCCGAAUACGCCGGCUCUCAAGGCAAACUGGCCAGCUUUUGUGAGACCAAUGGUCUGCGUCAGAAGGCCAUCAGUGAGGUGCGUAAGCUGCGAGUGCAGCUCACCAACGAGAUCAACUUAAACGUCAGCGGUGCAAACGUGUGUGUGGAUCCUGAACUAAAGCCGCCUACGGAUGCGCAGGCACGCUUCUUGCGACAGAUUCUGCUCGCUGGUAUGGGCGAUCAUGUGGCACGAAAGGUCCCGCUUAACGAAAUCGCCGAUAAAGACGAGCGUCGACGUCUUAAGUAUGCCUAUAACUGUGCCGAUAUGGUGGAGCCGGCCUUUCUGCAUGCCUCGUCGGUGCUGAAGCAAAAGGUGCCCGAAUGGAUUAUCUAUCAGGACGCCUACGAACUGCAGAACGGGGACUCCAGCAAGAUGUUCAUACGUGGCAUCACAGCCAUCGAGCCUGAGUGGCUGCUUCUUUAUGUGCCCCUGCUCUGCAAUAUACGCGAUGUGCGUGAGGAUCCCGCGCCACGUUACAAACCAUCGGAGGGCAAAAUCUAUUGCUAUGUGGACGCCACUUUUGGCAAGGCUGCCUGGGAUCUCCCAUUAUCAGAGGUGGAGAUUCCGCCCAGUGAGAAGGCUUGCUGUUACUUUGCCAUGUUUCUGCUGGAGGGUAGUGUUUGCCCCAAACUGGCCGAAUUCAAGCCCAAGCUGAAGUCCACACCCGGCUCCAUGAUCAAGAGCUGGUCGAACAUGAAUGACAAGGUGUUGCGUUUCAAACGGGCACUGAUCAGUAAAAAGAUUCAAACGCGCCAAGCCCUGCAGGCUGCAUGGGAAAGAGACUCCAACUUUCUGCUAGAAGAGUACCAAAAUUUACUGUACGAUGUGGCGCUAAGCGAGUUAACGCCCAUUUGGCCACCAGCUGUAGCCGAAGCUGCGACGUGAGUUGAUCGAGAAAACUUCUCUUCCACUGGAGACUCAAUUUGUGUACAUAAAAUUAUAGUUUUUAAAUUGUGUUAUAUGUUUAUUAGCUUGGAAUAAAUUUGAUGAUGUAAGAAGAUAGAAUCAAA